CAAAACAUACUAAGAAAUCUCAAACUUAAAAAAAUACCAUUAUUGUCAUCAUAUCUACAGUAUAUUGCAAUGAGUAUGUAUGAACUCUAGUCAGCAUUAUAAGUGUUAUCUUCCCUUUACCAAUCCACUUGUAACAGAACCUUGUACAGUUCCAAUGGAGGAUGAUUCAGAAACAAGAACACCACGUCACUCCAUUGAAGCUAAUCAUCAAGAAGAAGAACGAGACCCGGAAAGCAACUCACUUCACCAGCCACUUCUUAAAAGAAACAGAACAUUAUCUUCCACUCCCUUAGCCAUUAUUGGCUCCAAAGUUUCUCAUAUUGAAAGCUUAGAUUAUGAAAUUAAUGAGAAUGAUCUUUUCAAACAUGACUGGAGGAGUAGAUCCAGUGUUCAGAUUUUGCAGUAUAUAUUGUUGAAGUGGAUUCUUGCAUUUCUUGUUGGACUCUUGACUGGUUUGAUUGCUACUCUCAUCAAUCUUGCAGUUGAGAAUAUUGCUGGUUAUAAGCUUCUUGCUGUUGUCAAGUUCAUAGAGAAUGAAAGAUAUUUACUGGGUUUGGCCUAUUUUACUGGGGUGAAUCUUGUUUUGACUGCUUUUGCAUCUUCUUUGUGUGUGUGGUUUGCACCUACUGCUGCUGGCCCUGGUAUCCCUGAGAUUAAGGCUUAUCUGAAUGGAAUUGAUACUCCUAAUAUGUUUGGAGCUACCACUUUGAUUGUUAAGAUAUUUGGAAGCAUAGGAGCAGUUGCUGCUGGACUAGAUUUAGGGAAAGAAGGGCCUCUGGUGCACAUAGGCAGUUGCAUUGCCUCCUUACUAGGCCAAGGAGGGUCUGAUAACCACCGUGUCAAGUGGCGGUGGCUUCGCUACUUCAACAACGACAGGGAUCGCAGGGACAUCAUAACCUGCGGUGCUUCCUCAGGUGUUUGUGCAGCUUUCCGUGCCCCGGUUGGUGGUGUUCUGUUUGCGCUUGAAGAGGUAGCAACAUGGUGGAGGAGUUCACUUCUGUGGAGAACUUUCUUCAGCACAGCAGUAGUGGUGGUAAUCCUCAGGGCUUUUAUAGAAAUCUGCAAGUCAGGCCAGUGUGGACUAUUUGGUAAAGGUGGGUUGAUCAUGUUUGAUGUGAGUGAUGUUACGGUGAGCUACCAUGUCAUGGAUAUUCUCCCGGUCAUUUUUAUCGGCCUUAUUGGUGGUCUUUUGGGCAGUCUCUACAACCAUGUUCUUCAUAAAAUUCUCAGGCUCUACAAUCUCAUUAACCAGAAAGGGAAAAUAUACAAGCUACUUCUGAGUUUAACUGUCUCACUCUUUACCUCAGUAUGUCAAUACGGUCUCCCAUUUCUUGCUAAAUGCCAACCUUGUGAUCCCUCAGUAGCAGAGUUAUGCCCUACAAAUGACCGGUCAGGCAACUUCAAACAAUUCAACUGUCCGAGCGGCCACUACAAUGACCUUGCAACUCUGCUCCUCACGACAAAUGAUGACGCAGUCCGAAACAUUUUCUCCUCAAACACUCCCCAUGAAUUUCUCCCUUCAUCCCUUCUCAUUUUCUUCGUACUCUACUGCAUCUUGGGACUAUUUACCUUCGGCAUUGCUACUCCUUCAGGUCUUUUCCUCCCUAUCAUCCUUAUAGGCUCAGCAUACGGCCGCCUGCUUGGUGUUGCCAUGGGACCAUAUACAAACCUCGACCAGGGUCUUUAUGCAGUACUUGGUGCAGCCUCACUUAUGGCUGGCUCGAUGAGGAUGACUGUUUCGCUCUGCGUAAUCUUCCUGGAACUCACCAACAAUCUGCUGUUACUUCCGAUAACAAUGAUUGUCCUGUUGAUAGCUAAAACAGUAGGAGACAGCUUUAAUCCGAGCAUUUAUGACAUUAUUCUGGACCUGAAAGGUUUGCCUUUCUUAGAUGCGAAUCCCGAGCCAUGGAUGCGAAAUAUCACAGUAGGUGAGCUAGCUGAUGCUAAACCGCCACUGGUAUGUCUUUCUGGAGUCGAAAAGGUGUCCCGGGUUGUCGAUGUACUAAAAAAUACCACGCAUAAUGGGUUCCCAGUUGUAGAUUAUGAAGUGGUGCCUCCUCAGGGGCUCGCUGCUGGCGCGACAGAACUGCAUGGAGUAAUCCUGAGAGCGCACCUUGUUCAAGCACUUAAGAAGAAAUGGUUCCUGCGAGAGAAAAGAAGAACAGAAGAUUCGGAAGUUAGACAGAAGUUCACUUGGAUUGAUCUGUCGGAAAGGGAAUUGAAGAUUGAGGAGGUAGCUGUAACAAGGGAAGAAAUGGAAAUGUAUAUUGAUCUGCAUCCUCUUACCAAUACCACACCUUACACAGUAGUCGAGAGCAUGUCAGUAGCGAAAGCAAUGGUACUUUUCCGGCAAGUAGGGCUUCGACACUUGCUCAUUGUUCCCAAGUACGAAGCAUCUGGGGUACCUCCAGUGGUGGGAAUCUUAACAAGACAGGACUUAAGGGCACACAACAUCUUGAAUGCCUUCCCUCAUUUGGCUCGACCCAAGGACAGAGAAAAGAGACACUAAGAUUUAUUAGAGUUUUCCCCAUUGUUUCGUCACUUUUUUUGCCUUGAGUUUCACAUUCUUUCAGAAAAUUCUUGUGGGAUGCAAAUAUUAUAUAUUCAUUUUCUACACCCUUUCCCUUCCA